UAACGUUAUAUAAACAUCCGUACAAAAUGAAGGAUCCCAAAGUGUCUUACAUCUUUGCGCUUGAACCUGGCGUGCCAGGGACUUCGGGAGAAGGUUUUUUGACGUGUUUGCCUGCCGAACAUUUUCUUUUGAAGAAGAAAUCUAAACAACUAGGCCUACAGUUUGAGUUAGCGGUGAUCACCAGCGAGGAUGGAGAACCUCAAACUGGUCAUGUUAGGUGAUGGCGCUGUAGGUAAGAGUGCCCUCCUGAUCACCUACACCACCAACUCAUUUCCAAGCAACUACAUCCCAACUGUUUUUGACAACUACAGUGCCAGCGUCAACGUCGGAGGCAAACCAUACAACCUUGGGCUGUUUGACACUGCGGGACAGGAAGAUUACGAUCGUCUACGUCCCCUCUGCUAUCCAGGAACAGACAUCUUUGUUUUGUCCUUUUCUGUUGCAUCAAGAGAUUCUUUUCUUAACAUUGAGUCAAAAUGGCUGCCAGAAAUCAAACAUCACAUGCCAGGUGUUCCAAUCCUUCUUGUUGCAACAAAAACAGAUCUUCGGCAAGGCUCUACCCAUACAUGUAUCUACUUUGACGAAGGAUUCAAAUUGGCCCAGAAACACAACAUGGAAUACACAGAGACCAGCGCACUCCAGGGAAAUAAUGUCAAGCCUUGCUUUGAGAAAGCUGUUUACAUGGCUGUAUCAGGCAUGGGGUCAUCAGGUCGCAAAUCAAAGAGGGGUCUCCUUGGUUUUGGCAAGGGUCAUAAGAGGGCUCCCCUACCACCAGAGAUGCCCCCUGCAGGAAAAGCUCCAUGGAUUGAGAUCCAGACCUCCACGAUGGGUUCUGAUUUGGGCAAAGGGUUGGAGCAGCCGUCAGAUGCUGAUGUCAUCUUUGUGGUAGAGGGAAAAGAAAUCUUUGCGCAUAAGUUGAUCCUCAGUAGUGCCUGUAACUUCUUCUGCAGAGUGUUUGGCCUCAAAACACCAGACCAGGGUACAUCCAGCAGCUCCAAUGUCUGGAAUUUCACCUGGGAGGACAUCAAUGAGGGCAAGAUUACCGGUCUAGCCGGUAUCCAUGAUACGGUACCCGGAGCCAAUCUUGAUCCCGAUGCAAAGAAAAUGACGAAGGUUACAAUCAGUGCAAACAUCUCUUACAGAAUCUUCCGAAACGUCUUGGCAUUCUUGUAUACAGGUCUUCCAAAUAUCUCAGAAGAUGCCGGUGAAGAGGAUCUUUUUGCAUUAUUCAAAGCGUCUGAGGUCUUCCAUCUCCCUCAUCUUCAAGACAUCGUUAAGAAUCUACAGAAUGAGGAGGAAUUCUUGAACCCCAGCAUCGGCACAUACCUCAACGAUGAGACGGGCAAGAGAGCAAAGUGGCUGUUCCUAAAUCGAGAAACCUUAUCAGACGUCCGUUUCAAAGUAGAAGAUACCAUUGUCCACGCCCACAAGGUCUUGCUGAAGUCAAGGUGUGAAUUCAUGGCUGGCAUGUUCAGUGGAGUUUUUGCUGAAAGCUCCCAGACGGAGAUCAAAAUAGAAGAGACAAGCCUUGAGUGUUUCUUAGCCCUCUUGGAGUACAUCUACACUGACCACUCGCCCAUAGAAGACGGUGAUGCUGUAGGUAUUCUGGUUGUGGCUGACCGCUACGGUCUAGAACGACUUAAGAACCUCUGUGAGUUGUACAUAACCAAGGGUGUUGAUGUUGCCGUGGCUAACUGCAUAGCGGAGGCACACGUUGAUGUUAUCGGACUACUACACACUGCACAGUUGUACAACUCAAAACAGCUCGCAGCCUGGUGCCUCCACUUCGUCGCGAGUAACUUCAUCGCCUUCCAGAAGAAGUCAGAGUUCAAGGCACUGGAAGGAGAGAAUCUGGAAUAUGUAAACGAGCAACGCUGGCCCCCGGUCAGCUACCUACAAGCUCUGGAGGAGCACAAAGUGAAAUACGGCAAGAAGGAAGACAAGUCGUGUAAAGUUCAGUAAAACACAACAGAGGGAAGAUUGGUCAAAAUAAAAAUGAUAAGUUUAGGAACAUCAGGCAUGUGGGGUGUUAGAAUUCAGUUUUUAAGGGCGCUGGACACAUUUGGUAGCUGUCAAAGACCAGUAUUCUCACUUGGUGUAUAAAACAACAAAUUGGUCUUGGCUCAAAGGGUUUUCAAAGUUGCAAGAAAAUAAUGAAAGAAAAAACGCCCUUCUUGCACAAUUUGUAAGUGCUUUUAAAUGCCUAAAAAUGGUCCAAAAAGUCCAUUCAUCAUCACAUGCCAUGUGUUAAUUCUGCUAACUACCAAGCACUUACGUGAGUAUUCACGCAAGUGGAAACACGCAUGACAAGUAAUAGUUCCCCGGGAGCUAUUCUACUUGUCAUGCGCACUACCAUUGCGCGACGUCAUCCCCGGGCGCUAUUGAUCGUGGCACCGUUUUGUAUACAUGCACGAACAGCACUCUCUAAGCAACAUCCAACACAUGAACAAACUUAUCAUGUGCAUUUUGUUUCACAGUAAUCAUUUUCUCUUGCUCAAAACUCAUGU